AUGAAGAAACCACAUAUGGAUGCUUCAUCUGCAGACAUUAGAAAAGCGUAUCGUAAGCUUUCACUAACUUUGCAUCCAGACAAGAAUAAAGAUGAAAAUGCAGAAACUCAGUUUAGACAAUUGGUGGCCAUUUAUGAAGUUUUAAAGGAUGAUGAACGAAGGCAGAGGUAUGAUGAUAUUCUGAUCAAUGGACUUCCAGAUUGGCGACAGCCUGUGUUCUACUACAGGCGGGUGAGAAAAAUGAGCAAUGCUGAGCUGGCAUUACUUUUGUUCAUUAUUCUCACAGUGGGUCAUUAUGCUGUGGUUUGGUCAAUCUACCUGGAAAAACAACUGGAUGAACUGCUUAGUAGAAAAAGGAGAGAAAAGAAAAAAAAGACAGGCGGCAAGACUGUGGAUGUAUCAAAACUUGGUGCUCCGGAAAAAAAUGAAAGAUUACUGAUGAAACCACAAUGGCAUGAUUUGCUCCCGUGCAAGCUGGGAAUUUGGUUUUGCCUUACACUAAAAGCAUUGCCUCAUCUAAUCCAGGAUGCUGGUCAGUUUUAUGCCAAAUAUAAAGAAACAAGAUUGAAGGAAAAGGAAGAUGCAUUGACUAGAGCUGAACUUGAAACACUUCAAAAGCAGAAGAAAGUCAAAGUAAAAAAACCAAAGCCUGAAUUUCCUACAUAUACACCCUUAGAAAGUGCAUAUAUUCAGUCUUAUGAUCAUGGAACUUCUAUAGAAGAAAUUGAGGAGCAAAUGGACGAUUGGCUGGAAAACAGGAACAGAACACAGAAAAAACAAGCACCUGAAUGGACGGAAGAGGACCUCAGCCAGCUGACAAGAAGUAUGGUUAAGGUCCCAGGAGGGACCCCAGGUCGAUGGGAAAAGAUUGCCCACGAAUUGGGUCGAUCGGUGACAGAUGUGACAACCAAAGCCAAGCAGCUGAAGGAUUCAGUUACCUGCUCCCCAGGAAUGGUCAGACUCUCUGAACUGAGGGCAACAGCCCAGAAUUCCAAGCCCAGCAGGCCCGCCGCCUCCUUGCCGGAUGACAUCAUCACCCGGAGAGAAGAGGGCGAGCAGGCGGAGGAGGAGGAGGUGGCAGUCUCAGAGGCGGAGGCCGCGGGCGCGGACAGCCGGCCCCGGAGGCGGAGGCCAGCGCGGCUCCCGGAGGCGGCCACAAAGGCGGAACCGGAGGAGAAGGUCCGAGGCAAGAGGCAGAAGGACUUCGACCUGUCAGAACAGAACGAGUCCAGCGACGAGGAGAGCCCGAAGAGGGAGCGAGCGCGGGCCGCAGAGGAGCCCUGGACUCAGAACCAGCAGAAACUUCUGGAACUAGCAUUGCAGCAGUACCCAAAGGGAUCCUCUGACCGCUGGGACAAGAUAGCCAAGUGUGUCCCGUCCAAGAGUAAGGAAGACUGUAUCGCUAGAUACAAGCUGCUGGUUGAACUGGUCCAAAAGAAAAACAAGCUAAAAGCUGAAUCCUCUGGAAGAUGAUGUUUACCUUUAUUUUCCAAAAUGAUUAUUUUAAAAAUCUUAUGCAGAAAUUUGCAUUUUGUACCUCAGCAUUUCUAUGUCAUGUGCCUUAGUAAAAAAAAAUUAAAUUUAAAAUAAAUGUUGUGCUA